AUGAUUGCCCUCUGGUAUGCUAAUUGCUUGAUGACCGGCGUACGAGGAAAGAAAUGCGCUCUCUCCUACCGCCAGCAACAGGCCGCCGCCUCGCUGAUCGGUCGCCUGAUGUGGGAUAGACGCAGGGCUGAAAAAGAAGACAAGUCGGAGAUGAGCAUUGUAGAGGUUUUGCCCAGGGAAGAGGAAAUAAAGAAGAGAGAAAGAAGACAGAAAAGAAACAAGGAGAAGGAAACAUAA